GAGGAGAAGGAGUAGGGAAAACCACUCUAUUGGAAGCCUUGAAGAUUCAGCCUGUUAUAAGGGAUGUGUUUCAAUUUGUCAUUUGGGUAACAGUUCCCGAGGUUCCAGAGCCGAAAGAGGUGCGGCUACAAAUUGCUAGACAAUUGCCUUUGACUGAUCAAAAGCCAAUAAACGCAUGGACGCUAUUGAGUUUUUUAGAGGGCGUCAAGUUUUUUCUGAUUCUGGAUGGUGUUCAGCAGUUUAUUAGCUUGAACACAGUGGGAAUCCCUGACCCAACUCCAGAAAAUGGGUGCAAGAUAGUUUUGACGACUAGAUCAGAGCAAGUAUGCGACAGAAUAUCAGUGGACUCGAAGAUAAAUCUAGAGAAUUUAUUGUGUAAAUUGUUUAGGGAGAAUGUUGGUGAAAGUAUUUAUUCUUCUAACCUUCAACCUCUGGCUCGAAAAGUAGUUGACUUGUGCUGCUACCAUUCGCAUGCCAUCUUCCUAAUGUCAAAGGCAUUGAAAGAUGAAUCUGAUGUUGAUGUUUGGAACAACGCGAUUGAAACAUUGAACAUGCAGGCUGCAUCUCCUGAACAAGAAUUAGAACACAUCAUGGUUAAUGUGUUAAAAUUCAGCUAUCUUCGUCUUCCUGAUGAUACAACUAGAAGAUGCUUGAAAAAUGGUGCACUGUUUUUUGAGAACGAGAAGAUUGCAAGAAAGUCAUUGAUGGACAACUGGAUAUCUGAUGACCUGACAGAUACGUAUCAGAAAGGCCGAAAUGUUCUUGAAACUCUUGUCACUGCUGGCCUGUUGGAGAGGUCCAAGGAUGGUCAGUUCUUCACGCUACAUGAGAUAGAUCGCUGUAUAUUACUAGAACAUGUUUUUCCAUCCAUAGAAGGAUUGUUUCUUAUGAGAAACGAUAGUAAAUUGACUGAGCUACCAAAGGAUGUGGAUUGGAAAGAGUUUCAUGAGAUUUACCUGAUGGAUAAUAAGCUAACUGAGUUAUCAGAGAAUCUGAGCUGCCCCAAAGCCCAAGCAUUGUUCCUGCAAAGAAACCUCAAAUUAAGGACAAUAUCCGACUCAUUUUUCCAUGGUAUGCUUGCUCUACAAAUCCUAAACUUAUCUGGAACUCCCAUUAAGUAUUUGCCGGAUCCUCUUUUCGAUUUAGUCAAACUUAAAAGGUUCUCUUUGAAUCACUGUGUUCUGUUAAAAUUAUUACCAUCCGGAAUUGGAAAUCUCAGUUGCCUUGAGGUAUUUCAUCUUGAAGGGACACAGAUCAUAGCACUACCAAAAGAAGUUGAACGAUUAAAGAAUCUCACAUCCUUAAAAGUGUCAUUUCGUGAACCCCUGAGUUUCAAUCAGCAAACAAAUAUGAUUCCUGAUGGGUUUAUACUAAAUCUAACCGAGUUAAAAAAUUUAUGUAUUGAUGUGAGUCCAGAAGAUAAUCGGUGGAAGGCAUCCGUGAGACGUGUUGUUUUGGAUGUUAGCACACUGGCGACAUUAGAUACACUUCAGUUCUACUUCCCUACUGUGGAACUACUGAGCCAUUUUAAUUGGAAUACCAUACCAACAUCUCCACCAUUAUCACAUUUCAAAUUUACUGUUGGUGAUCAUACUAAUCGCAUCAUUCGUAGACUCCCUCAUGAUGCUGAGAUUGAGUUAGGACGAUAUGAUAAAUGCUUGAAGUAUGUAAAUGGUAAAGGUGCACCUGAAGAAAUCAAGAAAGUGCUCAGACACGCAUCUGCUUUUUUCUUGGACCGCAAUACGACUGUUGAGAAGUUCUCAGAAUUUGAGAUCACAAAUAUGACCCAAUUGAUGUGUUGUGUAGCAGGGGAAUGUGACAAGCUUCAAGCAAUCAUAAAUGGAGAUCAAAUGGUAAGCAAUGCUUCUGGAGAAAGAGAAGUUGGUCUUCAGUCACUUGAAUAUCUGUAUAUAUAUUAUGCGAGGAGUUUAAGGAGUAUAUGGGAGGGGCGAUUGGAUAACAGUAGCUUGAAAGCACUAAAAUACUUGACACUGUACAUGUGUCCCCAGCUGACCACCAUUUUCACACCAGGAUUGCUAGCAAAUCUUUCCCGCCUUGAAGAGCUCACAGUUAAAGAUUGCUCCCAAGUCACCAGAUUAGUGAGCGGAAUUGAUUCUGAGAAUGAGAUCAAACAUAUUAACCUACCCUUGAAGAAGAUUUCUCUUCAUUUCUUACCUCAUUUGGAUAGAAUCUCAGAUGUGUUAUCCAUUGCGCAAGAAAUGGAAUGGAUGAGCUUUUACUAUUGCCCAAAUCUCAAGAGUCUUCCAAUUAGCAAAGCUUCCCACACAAAAUUGAGGAAGAUCAAGGGUGAGGAGAGCUGGUGGAAAGAUAUAUUGGAAUGGGAAAACACCGAGCGAGAUUCUUGGGAAGCCAUUUUUACUCCAUGCGGGGAGAGUGAAGAAUUUAGCCCAGCAUUCAAGAGAUCAGAUGCAUUAUUAGAAGCAACGGCCUCACCUCUCUUGGAAGAAACGACAUCGAAAUCCAAGUCAUUAACAGAGGGAAAUCAGUCAGAAACAAUGAUCCUAUCUCAGUUCAGAGGUAAUCGCACUACUUGCGCUCGUCAUUAA